UUAGGCAUAAUUUCUUGAAACUUCUGUAAAACCUAGUCUAUCCUCCACCCGUAAUUACAUUCAUCGAUCUCUGUUGUCCCUUCCGUCGAUCUAAUUACUUGUCAAUUUCUUUGAUCUUUGUUGCAAGAAUGGCAACAGAAACUCCUCCUGGUCGAUGUGCCACAAUGGCAACAGAAACUCCUCCAAUGGCAAUAGAAACUCCUGCCGAUCUAUGUGCCACAAUGGCAACAGAAACUCCUCCAAUGGCAACAGAAACUCGUGCCACAAUGGCAACAGAAACUCCUCCAAUGGCAAUAGAAACUCUUCCUGGUAGAUGUGCCACAAUGGCAACAAAAACUUCUCCUAGUCGAUGUGCUUUCGUAUUCAUCGUUAUGGCGAGUACCGUUCCAAUCCUUGUCAUGGGAUACUUCCUCAUAAGCACUCUGUUGAUGUUACGAAGGGGUGAUCCCAAAUGCGAAAAUCCGCGUCUGGACUGGGAUUUGUGGCUUGACGCCUUCCUUCUCCUUCUUUUCCUCGUGGGAUCAAUCGGGGUUCUAUUUAAGAUGCAAGCCGUCCAAGUAACUUGCAUCAUAUUGUUGAUUCUUACUAGCAUUUUGAUCCUUGUGAUCGGUUGGGGUAUCGAUCUCGGUGGGACCUUUGCUAAAGAUACGAAGAGGAUUGACGACGCCUAUCGUCUUGAGACCUAUGGACCCUUGGCCAAAAAGUUUCUGUUGAAGGACCGCGGCUGGAGUACCUUUCGAAACUGUCUUAUUGAAAGGAAAAUUUGUGACAAGCUUGACAAGAGGGAUUUUGUGCAGGGGGGUUGCUGUAUGCCACCUUCGUAUUGCGGUUACGAACAAAAGAACCAAACGUGGGUGAUCCCCCAGACGGGUCGCUACGUGAAUGAUGUCAACUGUGUCCGUUGGGAUAGCGACGAAAGAAAGCUAUGUUACGAUUGCGAAACAUGCCAAGCAGUGUACAUCUACACCAGUUAUGACAAUUGGACCUUUCGCGGAUUGGGACCAUGUCUCGGUGCCCUGGUCUUGAUCGCAUGCUUUUUCUUUUCUUUCCCAGAUGAGUUUGGGGGGAACAAUCGAUCAGGAGGACGCGCCAAUAAUAAUCGAUCAGGAGGAUGCGCCGAUAAUAAUCAAUCUGGAGGACGUGCUGAUAGUAAUCGAUCUGUUUAAUGUAAGAGCAUAUGAUAUGCAUUACUAAUACUAAUACGACACAACCUUGACAAUAAAAGGAAGAAGUUGUAGUACUGGUACAAUGCCCUUCACAAUAACAAUACUCGUUUCUUCUUAAUUUAUCUUAAUAUCUCGGGUGUCGGGGUCUAUUUAUGCACGUUUCGAUCGAGGGACAAUGUAAUGUAAUGACUAAUAGAUUAUUACUAAUUAAUAACCACAGUGAAAUUGAUGUGGAGAAGAAUGG